AGCAAACCAGUAGAAAACUAAAACAACAAAUCUUGAUUACAAAAAUGGCAAUAAUAAUGGAGAAGAGAUCGUUAAUGAUGAUGGUGUUUAUGUUGAUGGUGAUUCUGGCGUGGCAGAACGAAUGCCAUGGAUGGGAAGCAGCAGAGGAUAUUGUCAGAAAUGAAUCAGAGCAUUCUAAAAACGCUGCUGGAACCGUCACAAAAAUGGCGGCCAAGGCAACUCGUGAUGCCAAUGACAAAACCGCAUCUUGGACUGGUUGGGUUUCUGAUAAAAUCUCAACAGGAUUGGGAAGCAAGAAAGAGGAAGCAAAAUAAGCGGCUGAAUCUGCAAAGAACUACGCCUAUGACAAUGCCGGUUCUGCCUAUGACAAUGCAGGAUACGCCAAGGACUUUGUAUCUGAUAAGGCCGGCUCUGCUUACGACAGUGCUCAAAAUGCAAAGGGUUAUGCUUAUGAGAAGGCCACUGAUGCAAAGGAUGUGGUCUAUGACAAAGCGGGUCAAGCCAAGGAUAUGGUCUAUGACAAAGCUGGUAGAGCCAAGGACAUGGCUUCUGACAAGACUGGAUCAGCCUAUGACAAGGCAGGUCAAGCCAAAGACCUAGCAUACGACAAGGCUAGCCAAGCUAAGGACAUGAUUUAUGAUACCGCAGGAUCAGCCUACGACAAGGCCGGUCAAGCCAAAGACACAGCAUACGACAAGGCUGGCCAAGCUAAAGACAUGGUUUAUGAUACCGCAGGAUCAGCCUACGACAAGGCCGGCCAAGCCAAGGACAUGGCCUACGACAAAGCAGGAUCAGCCUACCACAAGGCCGAUCAAGCCAAGGAUAUGGUCUCGGAUAAAACAGGAUCAGCCAAGGAUAUGGUCUACGACAAGGCCGGUCAAGCCAAGGACAUGGUCAACAAGAAGGCGGCUCAAGCAGAGGAAAAGGCCGGUCAAGCCAAGGACAUGGUCUACGACAAGGCGGCUCAAGCAAAGGAAAAGGCCGGUCAAGCCAAGGACAUGGCCUACAACAAUGCCGGUCAAGCCAAAGACAAGGCUGGUCAAGCCAAAGAUAUGGCCUAUGACAAGGCUGGUCAAGCCAAAGAUAUGGCCUUCGACAAGGCUGGCCAAGCCAAGGACACUGUGUAUGACAAAGCAGAUGAUGUGAUUAGAAUGGCUACGGAUAAGAGCGAUGAAGCUAAAGAAAUAGGUUAUGGAACAUACAAAAGAGCAAAAGAAGGGUCCAAAAAUGCUAAAGACGUUUCAUUUGAAAAAGCUCGUGACGUUAGAGAAACUGGGGGGCAAGCGAUGGACUAUGGUAAAGACAAAGCAACAGACGCGUACGGAUUAGGAAAUGAAGCUGCCGGGAAAUUGGAGGAGGCAAUGUAUAAAGUUGGGGAAAGGUAUGGUGCAGCAAAGGAUUCAACGUCGGAGAAGGCAAAAGAAGCUUAUGAGAGUGCAAAGGAGAAGGCUUCUGAGGCUACUGGAGAGUAUGGUGCAUAUUUAAGGGACCAUAGUGUUGAGCUUUAGAACCAGAGAAAUUACACACGUCUAGGGGUUGGAUGAGACUUCAGAUCUUUCUCGUGAAAUCUACAUGGAACUGCUUUGUUUUAGUUGAAAAUGCAUUCUGACGGAAGUUUAUAUGUACUUAUGGAUGUGUCACACAUUUAAGUUACAUAUAUAACUAUGUACGACAACGUCUUUGACCCUAAUAAACUUGUAAUAACUAAGAAGUUGAAAAGCUAUAGAAUACUACAUUUAUAUGGAUUAA